UUUAUUUUACAGAAAAAUGAUUAAAAUAAAGAGAAAACUCCCGCUUCCGCCUCCAGUGGACGAGGACUCGGACAGCGAUUCGAGCUUCGCAGAGGAGGAGACCGAGGACAAAGAAAUAAACCCAGAGGACGAUAGCACAGACGAAGAACCACAUACUAGCAAACGCAAACAACAGCCAAAGGAAGAUGAUGACGGUGAUGUCGACGACGAUGCCGAGGACACCGCCAUCAAAGAUGAAGAUGAGGAUGAGGAUGAGGAUGACGAUGACGACAACGAGGAUGAUGAUGAAGAUGAAAAGAAGGCACGCAUUCCACUUUUCAAUCCACUAAGCUUGAUGAGAAACAAGGAACAGCGCUUGGCUCUCUAUCGCAAAAUGAAGAAGGAGAAGCACAAGAAGAAGAUGCAAGAAAGACGUGCCCGUCGCAAGGCUGGCGUGCCGGUCAAUCCGGGCCACACAAUUGAAAGCCUGCGUGAGAAGGAUCAGACAGAGGUGGCCAAUCUGAACGAUUCGGACAACGAGGAACUGCAGAAAGAGCUGGAAAUCGAUGACUUCAGUUCGUACUUUGAACGCGUGUACGAGCCCAAAGUCCUGAUUACCUUCGCCGACAAUCCCGUGACCAAGACACGAAAAUUUGGCCUGGAGCUGUCUCGCAUAUUCCCGAAUGCCCUGGUCAAGAUUCGGAAUAAGGCAUCAGUUAAGAAAAUCUGCAAAAGCGCCGAACGCGAGGAAUUCACAGAUGUGGUCAUCAUCAAUGAGGACAGAAGGAAACCGAAUGGUUUGUUGGUCAUCCACUUGCCUAACGGCCCCACGGCACAUUUCAAGUUGUCGAACGUCAAGCUUACAUCGGACAUCAAGCGGGAUCACAAGGAGAUAACCAAGCAUAGGCCCGAGGUGAUUCUGACCAACUUCACAACGCGCUUGGGUCUCACAGUCGGCCGUAUGCUUGGCGCCCUUUUCCAUCACGAUCCAGAGUUCAAGGGCCGGCGCGCGGCAACGUUUCACAAUCAACGCGAUUACAUAUUCUUCCGCCACCAUCGCUACGAGUUCUCCAAAGAGGGAAAGCGCGUGAAGCUUCGCGAAUUAGGGCCCAGGUUCACGCUCAAGCUGCGCUCGCUUCAGGAGGGAACAUUCGACAGCAAAACUGGGGACUAUGCCUGGAUAAUUAGUAACAAACGACAUGCCAUGGAGUCCCGACGACGCUUCUUCCUCUAAAUGUAUUUCGAUUCUUUGUAUUUAGCUUAGAGAACAUAAAAUAAAAACAAUUUCUCAGCUCAAGAGAGAUAACCAUCUGAGGAGACCA